UUGAUUGUUAUCCUUCAUUAUUAAUUCCCACUUACCAACAUCUUGUAACCUUUCUCAUAACAUAUUGACAUUGGCGUCCAAUUAAUUCGCGAGCCAGAAAAUAGAUUUUUAAUUUCGUGCAAUUGAGUCUCAUUAAUUAAAAUGAUUUCCUCUACAAUUUUUGAGAUAUAUUCCGAAGCCGUGGAAGAAUCAGAGGGACCAUCUAUUUUAUCCACUGAUCCUGAAGAACGAAAACUGGCUCGGAAACUUCGCAUUCAACGGCGCAUAGAAGAACGAACGAAGCAUGCAAAAAUCGAGGAUGACGCAAGUGUGGAAAUAACACCCAUCGAGAAGCAGAUACUUGACAGUUUUGACAAGUUAGAGAGAUUACAGAGCGAAGGGGAAGAAGUGGUCACUGGUGUAAGAGUAGCGAACGAUGCAAGGGAAUUGGAAAGACGAAAAGAAGUUCAAGAGACAAGGAAUAGAUUAUUGGCGGUACUCGAAGAGGAAGAGAAGAAGUAUAUGGAGAAGUACCGCGAGAUUAGUGCAAAGUGGCCCGAGAUCCUUUCAUGCAAAGACCCACUAGAUAUUCACGAUGAAUUAGAGGCUCAAAAUGCCAAGUGUCUCGAAGUAUUACAGAAAAAGGAUGCCUUGAUCGCGGAACUAAAGAAAGAGAUUGAAAACGCCGAUGCAAAGUACGCCGACGAAGUAAAAAAACAGAACGAAGACAUCGAUUUGCUCAUUGAAAGAAUGGAAUCGCAAGUACGCACGAUGACGAAAGCUUACCGUAACGAACUGAUGCUCAUUGAAAAUGUUAUCGAAUCGGAGCGCCAAAUACUUCUGGCGACGUCCACUGAAAAAUGGGACGCGUUGUUUAAAAAGUACCAAGACGAUACCGCCGAAGCGAAAGAGAAGAAAAAGGAAAUAAUGCAACAAUACGAGGAAGACAUGAGAAGGGUGACGAUACAGCAUCAGGAAGAAUUUAGACGAUUGAAGAUCACUUUCGAAUUAGAGAUACAGAAUCUGCAGCAGGAGGUGCAGAAUAUGAAGGCUUUAUGUUUAAUGAACGUGGAGAAAUUAGAUUAUAAUUAUGCCGUGCUGAAACGUCGCGAAGAAGAGAACACGAUCGUGAAGAAUCAGCAGAAGAGGAAGAUUAAUAAGCUUCAAGAUGUGAUCAACGGUUUAAGAAAAACGUACGCGGACUUAGAGGAGUCUACGAGAUUGGAGAUUCAGAAGCUUACUGGUGAGAUUCUCAAGUCGCAGAGGGCUGUAAAGGAUUUAGAGGAGAAGUCUAAAAAUAUUGCCGCUAUUAACGAUAAAAAAUAUAUGCAAAUUUGGGAUAUGAAUAUUCAAACAGCGAACGAAUUAGUGAACAAGCUUUUGGCAGCGGAUAAAAUUAUUCACGAACAACUGUUAGGUAUUAAAUGGGAACCACCGAAAAUGGAAUUAUUAAAAAAGGAGGAUUUAAAAUCUUAUUGUUACGCUAUGUGUGCUAUAAAAAAGGAAAAGGAGGAGGCAAAGAAGAAGAAGACAAUUUCCAAAUUAUACAAGCCAGCAACAACGUUAGAAGAAAUGAACUUAGAACGACGUCUGUUGAAUCACAUUGCCAAAUUAGUCACUGGUCACUGUGAUUACCUUAUUGAAGAUACUUUGAAAGAUUUAUUGUCUCAGUUUACAGAAGAAGAUAACUUGCUGAUUCGUCUGGAUAAAGUAUUCGAGGCGUUAAAAGUUACAUCCGAAGAAGAACUUCAAUUUUUGCUUAACUUCUUUCUACCUUACGCGCAUUGUCCUUCUUGUACGGUGAAAAGGGAAAGCGUACCAAGUAUUUGCGGACCAUCCGACGAAGACCUUCAAACUUCUUCGUCUGAUAUCACUUUACCGCCUAUUUGCGAAAAUAUUGAAAAAAAUCCGACAGAGGAUAAUUUAAUCUCAGCUGUAGAAGAAGCACUUUGUUGUAUAAAGCUUCAGGACGACGAACACGUAGAAGAAGAGGAAGAAAUCAAGAUCACUACACCUGAAACAUCUUCGACUGAAACAUCAUCUCCUAGAGAACAGAUUGCAUCAACUUGUGUUGCUCAAGGCAUUAUUGAAGUUACUGAUGAAUCCACUGGUGAACCGAAGCGUCAACUCGUGUGCGACAAAGGUCAUCUGUUAACAAUUGAAACCGAAUUUGUAAUGAAUGCUUUGAAAGAAUUUGUAGAGAGGCACGAAUUCGUUAAGAAGCAGGAGAGUGCGGUGCCCAUUACUGAAAAAACAACGAAAGUGAAAACCACAGUAUCACGAAAUAUAAAAGAUGAAGAUAUAAUCGAAUUCUGGCAAAGAUAUAGAAAUAUUUUUUCACUGGAUAGAGAAAGCCUUUGGGAUAAUUUGUUAGUUGGUCUCAAAAAGUACCAUUCGGCGUUAAAAGAAAGAUACGAGUUGAAUAAUGAAAUAAAAUUUUUGCAAAAACAAAAUGCAGAACUUAGUCGUUUAUUAAGAAGUUAUUCAAUGGAGUUGAUGUCAUUGGACUUCCAACAUCCUUGCCUCCCCACUCACCUAAGCAUCAAUGUGCGAUCAACACUAUCUAUGUAUCACAACCGCUUUUGCGAUCAAAUGUGAUAAUAAAUCAGCUUGAACACUACAUUCAUGCUAUGGAAAAAGCAACCAUUAAUGGAAACUGUUUUAACAAAAGAUAUCGGUAAAAAGAUUCAGACACAUAUAUGCGUGUGCAUAGAUGUUCAAAUAAUUCUUUACCUCUUUAAAAUGGAUACUUAGAAAUGUAUUUUAUAUAUAUAUUCAGUAUGCAAGAAUUAACAUUCAAUAUUUAUGUCAUUUUAUUGUUUUCUGUAUAGUA